AUGGCACCAAAGAAGAGCAACAAGACCGCCGACAGCAUCAACGCCAAGCUUGCCUUGACGAUCAAGUCUGGCAAGGUCACUCUUGGCUACAAGUCCACCCUCAAGACGCUGCGCUCUGGCAAGGCCAAGCUCGUCAUCAUCGCCGGCAACACCCCUCCUCUGAGGAAGUCUGAGCUCGAGUACUACAGCAUGUUGGCCAAGACCGCCGUCCACCACUUCUCCGGCAACAACAUCGAACUCGGUACCGCCUGCGGAAAGCUCUUCCGAUGCUCCACCAUGGCUAUCCUCGAUGCUGGUGACUCGGACAUCCUCAGUACCACCCCACAGUAG